AUGGAAAGGUUGGAGACUCUUGGAAACAAAAACAACAUCCCUAAUCCUGAGUCAUUGGCAAAUGAGUUCAACAAAACAAUGAAGGUGAACAUUAAGUACCAUACAUCCUGGAGAGCAAGAAAUAUUGUGUUGCAGAAUCUUUAUGGAAUCUAUGAGGAGCAGUACAAGAAAAUUCCUGCAUUCUGUGAAAUGGUGAAGGAAAAAAUGCCAGGAAGUGUAGCUAGUUUCUCAUAUGGAAGCACAGACAACACAUUCUUGUCAAUGAAACUCUGCUUCAAGCCUGCUAUAGAAGGAUUCUUGGCUGGAUGUAGAAAAAUCAUUGGAUUGGAUGCUUUCCAUUUGUAUGGGAAGUAUGGUGGUGUGUUAAUGGUUGCAACAGGUCUAGAUGGUCAGAAUGGUUUAGUUCCCCUUGGUAUAAUGGUGUGUAGGAAUGAAACCAUUGAGAAUUUGAAGAUAUUUCGCAAAGACUUGAAAGCUAUACUGGGUGAAGACUUGCAUUUCACCAUUAUAUCAGACAAGCAGAAGGGGAUUAGUGAAGCUUGUGACAAAUACUUGUGCUUGGAUGAGCACAGAUUAUGUUUCAGUUCAAUGACUAAAUAUUACUUGGAUACUUGGCAUACAUUUGAUGAAGAAUUUCAAGAACAACACAUGGAUAAAUUGUUUUCUGAGGAUGAUAAAGAUGCAUUGUAUCUCCUAGAUCAAAAACCUGAAUGCUGGUCUAGGUCUCAUUUCUCAAAUGAUAGCAAGUGUGAGCACAUUAACAAUAAUUUCUCAGAAUCUUUCAACAACAUGGCCAAGCCCUUUAGGGAUAAUCCUAUCAUUACACUUGAACAAAUGUAUGCUAGCCUGGUGAUGGGUCUUUUCUUCAAGAGGAGGAAUGAAUGUGAAAAGUGGCAGGAUGGUCAGAUAGUGCCAAAGGCAAUGAAGCUGAUUACAAAGAUGCAUGACUUAAAUCAUCUGUUUGAGUUAACUAGAGAUGUAAGGGGAAAGGUGUAUGAGGUCAAGAGUGUUCAUGAUGCUGUGUUUGUUGUGGAUCUUCCCAAAAAGACAUGUAGUUAUUUGCAGUGGCAGCCGAGGGGAUUUCCAUGUCAACAUUUUGUAUGUGCUUUAACACCUUUGAGACCAAACUGGGUUGACUACUGUGACCCUGUGUAUAGUGUGGAAUAUUACAAAAAGACAUAUGCUCCAGAGUUUGAACCACUGUCAGCUGAAAUUGACUGGUUUAUUAAUCCUCCUGUUUUCAUAAGGAAAACUGGAAGGCCAAGGAAGAAGAGGAUUCCUUCUUAUGAUGAAGCUGGAAGUGUGAAGAAAAUGAGAAAGUGUAAGAAGUGUGGAGUUUAUGGUCACUAUGCAGUAACUUGUGGUGGUGGAGAGGUUAGAAAGAAUCCAAAGGAAAACAAGCCUAUAACCUGUGUUGAUGGCUCAACAUCAUCUACUUAUGUCCCUGAACCAUCAAAAAGGAAGUACAACAGAAAGAAACCAGUUGUUAGUGCUUCUGCAGGUGCAUCUACUACUGCUAAGGAUGGAAUGCAGAACAACAACAGUUCCAAAACAUGUGUUAGUGAAUCUUCUAAACAAGGUGCUGCAAAAUCAGGCCAAGGGAGUAAGAGAAAGGCUUCUUCUCAACCUGCUUUCAAUCAGAAUAACAAACUUGUUGGAUCUGUCAACACCAAAGUCACCUUCAAAGUUGCAGAUCCAAAGGGAAAGAAGAAGAAACCAAAGAAGUACAUGCAAAUAUUAUUCUAUGUUUGUGUUGGUUGA